UAGGAAUCGGAUUAAAAGUGUUUUUUUUAAAAAAACACAUAAAUUUAUGUUGAACUUGUCCUCACAUUAACCUCUCGUUGCUAUAAAAGGAAUGGUUAACUUCAGAAUGACCCAUCUCUUCUUUUGUUCUUCUUUACAAGUAAAAGUUCGCUUUUCCCUGUGUUCUUCUAACCUUCACGAAUCUUGAUUUCUCUCUUUUAUUUGCCAUUCAUUUUCUGAGAAAAUCAGGGUAUGUCCUGAUCUUAGCAGAAGGUGAAAUCUCUGAAGUUACUAAUAUCAGGUUUGACAUCUUCAUGCAGAUGGAGUUUCAUCUUCUUUUACCUUCAAACUAUACUUGCAUGUGAAGAACUGAAACCCCAGGAAAUUAUUUGCAUGAAAAAACAUUUUCAAAAUCUAUGGAACUUCCAGAUUGUGUAUAUCCUAGGCCAUCAGUUACCAUAUUCCCAUGUGCUCCAACACCAAAGCAUUCUCUCCAUCUAUCCAAUCUCGACAGCCAAAAGUUCUUCAGAUUCUCCGUUAAGUAUGUGCACCUCUUCGAGAAAUGUGUGAGCGUGGAUGUGUUGAAGUCUUCUCUGUCAAGAGUUUUGGUGGAUUACUACCCCUUAGCUGGGAGAUUGAGGAGGAGCAGCAUUUGUGAGGAUGAUCACAAGCUUGAGGUGGAUUGCAAUGGAGAAGGUGUUGCGUUUGCUGAGGCUUUCAUGGAUGCCACUGCUCAACAAUUACUUCAACCUUGCAACCUGCCAAACACUUCAUGGAAGAAGCUCCUUUGCAGAGUCGAAGCUCAAAGUUUCUUAGAUCUUCCUCCUCUUAUAAUCCAGGUGACAAGUCUCCGAUGCGGAGGGAUGAUACUGUGCACGGCGAUCAACCACUGUCUUUGCGACGGCACCGGCGCGUCCCAAUUCCUACACGAUUGGGCUCGUCUCGCUAGAGAUCCCAACACUGAAUUACCAGUCACACCCUUCCACGGGCGACACGUGUUGAAUCCUCGAGACCCUCCCCAGGUGCACUUCACCCACGCGGGAUACACCAGAACAAACCCUGCGUCUCAUCAAGUGGACCUGCACGAUUGGAUGGUGCACUCGCAGCCGCUGGUCGUCACGUCAUUCACAUUCGGAACCUCCGAGGUUCUUCUGUUGAAGAAACAGUGUUUGUCGUGGCCGAAGCCCAUCACCACCUUCGAAAGCGUGGCGGCACACACGUGGCGUGCGUGGGUUAAAUCAAUGAAUCUCUCCCCCACGAUAACAGUUAAACUCAUUUUCACCGUUAACGUUAGGAAAAAGGUUAACCUCCCAGAAGGGUAUUAUGGGAACGGGUUUGUUCUGGCAUGCGCAGAGAGCACAGUGAGAGGUUUAACAGCAGUUGAAAAUGAUGAUGGCGAUGAUAUCAGUCACAGUUUGAAAGCGUUGCAAGAAGCUAAGGCUAUUUUAGAGGAGAAAGGGUAUAUAAGGUCGAUGGUUGAUUUGUUGGAGGACAAAACGGUGCGUGUUGAUCUUUCGACGAGUUUGGUUAUAUCGCAAUGGUCAAGGCUAGGGUUGGAGGACGUGGAUUUCGGAUUAGGAAAACCCUUGUUUAUGGGUCCUUUAUCAAGCUAUGUUCAUUGUUUGUUUUUACCGGUGGUUGGAGAUUCUAAUGCAGUCAGAGUGCUCGUGUCUGUUCCUGAAAGUGUUGUGGAAAGUUUUCGUUACCACAUGCUCGUGAAAGACGGUUGGAAAAAACAAGAGAAUGAUGGUUAG